UUGACUUACAUGACAAAGCUGUGAAAUCAGAUUUAAUCAACCAGAGUAAAAAUUAUAAAAUAAAGAACUCUGUUGAGCUUAACAGAGUUGAGAAAACCUUUCUCCAUGCUAGCCCUGAGCAAUUUGGUACUGAAUCUAAGUUCCCUGAGAGUCGGAUAUCCAACACUGCUAAAUCUCAACAUACUAAGCACCAGAAAACUCACAAGAUAGAGAAACCGCAUGUAUGCUGUGAAUGUGGGAAAGCCUUCAUCAGGAGAUCUUUCCUCACUAAUCAUCAGAUCAUUCAUACAGGAGAGAAACCACAUAGGUGCAUUCUGUGUGAGAAAGCCUUCACUAAAAAGUUCAAGCUUACUGAACAUUAUCAGACAGCUCAUAAAGGUCAAAACCCAUAUAAAUGCAUGGAAUGUGGCAGAGCGUAUUUGCAUGAAUCAGGUCUCACUAAACAUCAGAAAACUCAUAGAGGGGAGAAACCCUAUAUAUGCAGUGAAUGUGGAAUAGGCUUCUUCGAGAAUGCAGAUCUCGUUAUUCAUCAGCAAAUUCAUACUGAGGAGAAUCCCUAUAUAUGUAGUGAAUGUGGGAAAGCCUUCUCCAAAAAAUACAAGCUCAUUGAACAUCAUGAAAGAACUCAUAAACGACAAAAGUAUGAGUGCUUGGAAUGUGGCAAAGUCUUUCUCUAUAAUUCACAGCUCAAUAAACAUCAGAAAAGACAUAUGGCACAGAAACCGUACAUAUGCAGUGACUGUGGAAAAGGCUUCAUUGAGAAGUCAGCUCUCAUUAUUCAUCACCGAAUUCAUACUGGAGAGAAACCCUAUAUAUGUAGCGAAUGUGGAAAACGCUUCAUCCAGAAGGGAAAUCUCAUUAUCCAUCAGCGAACUCAUACUGGAGAGAAACCCUAUGUAUGUGGUGAAUGUGGUAAACGCUUCAGCCACAAGUCUUGCCUCAUAGGGCAUCAGAGAUUUCACACAGGAAAGAGUCCAUUUGUAUGCAUCGAAUGUGGAAAACCUUAUUCCAAGAAGUCAGGUCUCAUUAGUCACCAAAAGAUUCACACAGGAGAGAAACCCUUUCAAUGCAGUGAAUGUGGGAAAGCCUUCAUUACAAAGUCAAAGCUAAUUGUACAUCAAAGAUCUCAUACAGGGGAGACACCAUAUGGCUGCAAUGAGUGUGGCAAAACUUUUGCCUAUACUUCUUCCUUUUAUUUACAUAAAAGAAAACAUACAAGUGAGAAACGUAUAGAUUCAAUCAAGGUGGAAGACACUUCCACAGCUCAUCACAGCUCAUCACAUACCAGUGAUCUCAGGCAGAGUAACAGCCCUGUUAAUACUGUGACUCUACAGAUGCCUUCUGUGACAGCUCAGACAUCAGGAAACAUCAGUGGGCCCUUAACUAAUAGUAAUAUAGUCCUUGUGGGACAGCCUGUUGCCAGAUGUGAACCCUCUGGAGAUAAUAGAGAAUGUGUACAGGAGAGAAACCUUAUGAAUGCAGUGAAUGUGGUAGUGCCUAUGAGUGCAGUGACUGGUGUAGUGCCCUCAGUGAUGAAUUAUAUCUUAUUUUAUACCACACAAAAGCUGUAACAUAAACUUGGAUACAUUCACUGAGGAAUAGGGAUGAGCAAGAAUUUCUUCAUUAUUGUAUGACUACGAAAUAUAUCUGAGGGAAAUCAUACGAGUGCAGACACUGGGAAAGCCCGAAACACUCAUUCUAUGUAAAUAUGUGCAUAGACAUCAAGACAUAAUAUAAUUUUAACCUAAACACAUAUACAUUGAUUAUCGUGUCAAUUGAAUGAAAGUCCAAGUUGAUGUCAGUGGACAAAAUAAUUAAUGUGAAUUUUUAAAACACAAAAGAUAAUUGGUAUCUGGAAUGUUGCUUGUUGUUAGUUGCUGUCAAGUUGAUACUGACUCAUGGUGCCUCCAAGUGUUACAAAUGAAAAAUCACUACAAGGUGAUUGGUGGGUGAAGGGCAGUAUUGAAUUGGUGGGCAUUGGGACACAUUUAUAUCAGUUCAGCUUGCCCAGAUCAGUCUGAAGGAUCAGUUGAAAACCAGAAAGUCUACCAUCAAUUUUAGAAGUCUGUAUAGAGGGACUUACGAAACAAUAGGCUUACAUUUAGUCUAUUCACGAAUAUAAGGAAUAUUUGUCACAUAAUGCCUUUGUACCUGUUC